UGGCACACGCGCUGUUGUUGUGAUUGGCAGGCAGGAGUCAUGUUGAAGUUUCGUUUUCCCUUCAGCCCUCACAAACAUGUUUUGAGAGAUUGAACAAGGAUGUCCGAAAUACUGCUGAAAGAAAUGGAGAGUGUAUCGCUGAGUCGAGUGAAGCCAGAGAAACGUCCCGACGGUGUGAGGAGCUUCCUGUUGGUGGACGAGCAGGAAAACCUGCAGGUCCGCGAUGAGUCCGAGUUUUUGGACAGCCUCGGCUGUACGGAUGUGGCGGGCGUGAAGGUCAUCUCCAUCUUUGGCAACACUGGUGACGGCAAGUCCCACACACUCAACCACAUCCUAUUUGGCGGCGAGAGUGUGUUCUUCACCUCCAAGUCUCCCAGCUCCUGUACGGUGGGAGUGUGGGCCGCUUACAACCCUUCCCUCAGCCUGGUCGCCCUGGAUACAGAAGGCCUCUUGGGAGCCGCGGCGAAUCAGAACCAGAGAAUGCGGCUGCUGCUGAAGGUACUGGCGGUGUCCGAUAUAGUAGUCUAUCGUACACGUGCAGAGCGCCUCCACAAUGACAUGUUCCAGUUUCUGAGCAGUGCCUCAGGCGCCUACCUGAAGCACUUCACCCCGGAGCUGAGGGCCCUGUCCAGUCGGUGCGGUCUGGACGUGCCCCUCUCCUCUCUGGGCCCGGCCGUCAUCGUCUUCCAGGAAACAACGCACACACAACUGCUGGGUCACGAUUCGAAGGUGGCCGGCUAUGCUGACACGCUCCUCCAGAAGCGCUUUCACGACCUCGGUUUGGGGACCGAGGCCUUCAGCUCGGUGCAGUGUGGUACCCAGACCAUCACACCUCCCACUGACUACAGCAAGCUGCUGGAGGCCGUCAGGCAGCAAGUGAAGAACACUCACACACGAUCCCCCCGUCAGCCUGGGAUAGUGUUUCACGCCCUGGAAGCUCUGAGUGAGCGUUUCUGUGGGGAACUAUCAGACGAAAAGAUGACACUGUACUCCUUCUUCCCCGACGAGUACUUCACCUGCUCCGCUGUCUGCCUCAGCUGCAACAUUCGCUGUAAAAAUGGAAUGAACCAUCUGAGAGACAGGGUCCCCCACAUGGCAGAUGGCCUGUGCCAAUAUGCACACCAGUACAACAACAAGGUCCUCAUCUGUAAGAGGUGCUAUGAAGGAGGCAGAGAGGUGAUUGUCGUGCCCAAAACCUCAGCUUCCACUGAUAACCCAUGGUUUGGUCUGGCCAAGUACGCCUGGUCAGGAUAUGUGUUAGAGUGUGCUAGCUGUGGUGUAAUCUACCGCAGCAGACAGUACUGGGUGGGAAACCAGGACCCUGAGAGCGGCGUGGUGAGAUCUGAGGUCAAGCACGUCUGGGAGGGGUCCGACACCUUCCUGACCAACCACCAGAACGCCGCUCAGAGGGUCCUUGAUGGGAUGAACUACGUGAUUCAGUCCGUGACAGAGUACAGCACCGGUCCCACCAAAGCUGUGGCUGCCUGGUUGACUGACCAGGUGGCACCUCCGUACUGGAGACCCAACACAGAGAUCACUAACUGUCACGGGUGUCAAAAGUUGUUCGAGGAGGCGGAAAGGAAGCAUCACUGUCGAUCCUGUGGCGAAGGCUUCUGCCACCCGUGCUCCAGCCACAGGAUGCCGGUGCCCGAGAGGGGCUGGGGCAGCAGUCCUGUCAGGGUGUGCAAGGCCUGCUACCGGCAGGGAGGUCCAGCUGACAGCAGCAGCGAGGUGUGUAAGGUGGAGCCUCGUGGUCUGAUCGCUCGCAGGGUGACGGAGGUGGCCCAGUCUACGCUGGACAUGGUCACCACAGCUGUGGACUACCCCAUCUGUUUUGUGAAGGACGUGGCUCGACCGGACUACUGGGUGCCGGACCAGAACAUCACCCAGUGCCACCAGUGCUCCAAAACCUUCACUGCAGUCAUGUCCAAGCACCACUGCAGGGCGUGCGGGCAGGGCGUGUGCGGCCCGUGCUCCACGCACGUCAAGCCCGUGCCCUCUCGGGGCUGGGACCACCCGGUCAGAGUGUGCGACAGCUGCCACGACCGCACGGACAGCCUGUGACCUUUUCAGCCAGGAAAACUUCUCAGAGUGCUCCCAGUCUUUAAAAACACUGUGAACCCUGGCACCGCUGCUCCGAGACGACGAGGAACGGGUCGACUUAACAUCUCUAAACAGCAGAACUGGACCGCUGCUUUUUUUUUGUGUGUGUGUGUGGAAAUGCUUCUCAGAUACUGACUGGGACGCGCUUUCCUUCUCAUCGUCCUUCCUCGAUCAUCAUCAGCAUCAUUCCUGAGGCAGAAAAACAACCGUCGAUCUCAGCCGCUUGGACAGUCUGGCUGCUUUCAAACUAACUGGACAAAUUGGCAAGCUGGGCGUUUUUUUUUUUUUUUCUAACUGACUGCUUUUAAAAAUUCAAACCUUCUCGUCCCCUUAAUUUUAAUCAUAGGAGCUUCUUGGACAGUUAAUUGCACUCGUGUGUAGUCUUCCUCGUUCACAGAUUUCUGUUUGCUCGUCCAUGCAGCGGGGCUGCCCGUUCUCACUCAAAGCUAAAGAGGACGAAAACAGCAUGUAAAAGGGAUGCGCUGGGAGCAGCGGAUUUAAAAUGACUUCAUCAAGCCACGGUCCUGGUGCUUGUGACCUAUAUGCAAGGCCUUUGGAAGAGUUUUAUUUUGAUCCUCCUCACAGCCUCCCUCUGGAUAUAUCACCUGCAGAUCCAGGCACAGAGGAAAAUAAAAAAACACGUUUCACAUAAAUGUAACUUGACGUGUUCCUGCGUUACUCAGGGCAGAAAAAGAGAGUUAGGGAAACACAAGCUGCAGCAGCGUGUGCCUUCGUGGGAAUCUCGACGCCCAUUUCUGUUACCCCCUUACGUGUUUUUUUUCUUCUUUUUUUUUUGAGUAAUGACAUUAUUUGUGCCUAAUCACAAAGCAGUGUAAUUUACGGCCUUGAUCCGGUCGCAUCUGCAGUACGGUGAAAUGGAUAGGGGGUAAAAUGUGUAGCUCAACACUUUUAAGACAUUCCAGUGUGUGGAAGUCCCUGUGUGUACUAACGCGGUUUUAACUUUCUGAGUUGAGCGUUGAACCAGUGAAGCUUCAGGAAGCUCUUAAAAUAAUAAAAGCACCGAAAGCUGACGUUUGGAGCUUCACUUCUAUUAAAGCACUUGGAAACAUAAAGCAGAAUAAAAACAUUAUUCAAACAUAUUUGUGAAAGGAGACAGGGCGAGGUUCUCUCUAACAUACUGGAUGCUUCAGUGCUGUUUGUCCUGUUUAGAGAUGACUGCUUACGUUUUAAUGAAGGUUUUUUCAAUCUAAUCUAGCAACUGACAAUCUUGAUUUUAUUAAUAAAUCAAAUAAAAAACAAAGAGUCACUUU